GAAACAUGAUCCUCGGACGCAUCGCAACUUACUUCCUUCGACUGAUCUUCUUCGCAAACGUCGGUUUCGCGUCGCAGACACGGCGGAGCGUCUCGCCGUGGUUGUCGUUCAGUGUUUGCGCUCUGAUCGUUCUCCCAUCAGAUACGCAGCAAUGGUCGUUGCUGGGCUUAAACCUCUGGCCGUCCGAGAAGACCGUCGAGAGACCUUCCGUCGACGGAUUCGAUUUGCCCGGAAAUUCAAUCUCCAGGGUUCUGAACUUCUUUCCCACCCCGGUGCAAGAGGAGUGCCUGUCGCAGGACAAACGACGACGCGGCAUAUGCAUGAACACGUAUGAGUGUCGCAUUCAACGGGGAAAGUCGUACGGGCGAUGUGCGCUCGGUUUCGGCGUGUGCUGCAUA